AGCCCGGAACAACUUCCGCCCGUGACGUUUUCCGGCGACGGCCUCCAGCAUCGCGUUCGUUCCGUGCGGCUCCCGCUGUUCUCUCGCGUACACCGACGACCUCGCUCGCUACCGCCGCCGCGCCGGCGACGCCUCGCUGUCCAGCAGUAGUCGGCGCGGAAAGUUUGUCGGCAGUCCCGCCUGCACCCAACUUUGUCCUCGGACGUGUGAAGUGAAUCCGACAAAGUGGUGUGUGCUCGGUGAUCGGCCUCACGUGCCAUGCUUGGCACGCAACGCCGUUGUGUGCAUUCCGCGGUCGUACUUGUUCGACGCUGACGUAUCCCUCCUUUGGAUUUCUUUGGAGUGCGAGACAUUGUGUGGCGUCCCCCCGCGAGCCGUUCGGGCUCCCGUACAACCCCAACAAAAUCAGCCGGAAGGAGGAACAACACGAAACAAUAAAAGAUGCCGGUGAGGGCGGAGGACGCUAGCGCGCGAGGCCGAGCGUCAUCAUGAGGCCAAGAUGACGCUCGCGGGAACUAGCCUGCUCUUCGACACCGGAAGUCUGACGUGAGGCCGCAAUGCCUUACUGGCCUCAGGAGUCGGCGCUGUGGCUGCCGUUGCUGCUGGUCUGGUGCAUGGUGUGGGGCUUCCAAGGCGCCCUGGCCAUCUGCCCCGUGCGCUGUGUCUGCGACGAUGAGAACCUUCGCGUCGUGUGCGACGCGGCCUACCUGGAGGUUGUUCCCAUAACGCUCAACCCAAACCUACGCGAGCUGACCCUGAGCAACAACCACAUCAGGAGUGCCAUGUCCUCGUUCGGUGUGUACGGCAACCUUCGCUAUCUGGACGUUUCUCACAACCAGCUCGUGUCUCUCGAAAAGGGAAUCUUCCACGCUCAGAAGCACCUCAACGUGCUGCUGCUUCACCGCAACAUGGUGGACCAGCUGGACAAUGGCACUUUUGUCGGUCUCGAUGAGCUGCAUACGCUACUGCUCAGCGAGAACUUCAUCGACGACCUGCCCUCCGGUAUGUUUGCCCCGCUUCGCAAGCUCGAGAAGCUGGACCUCUCACAGAACCGCCUGGUGAGGCUGGCGGAUAGCGCCUUCGUGGGACUUACCAACCUUAAGACUCUGGUGCUGAGGGACAACAAGUUUGUGACCAUACCGAGUCAAGCCCUGGUCCCACUCUCGAAGCUGCUGAGCCUUGACCUGGGCCUCAACAUGUUCUCCAACAUUCCGGAAGAGGCGUUCGCCAUGCUGCGUCAACUGGAAGAGCUUUCACUGGACGGCUGCGGCGUGAAGACCGUUCAGGCCGGUGCCUUCAAACAGCUGUCUGGGCUGCGCAAGCUCAAGCUCCACGACAACGAGCUCGAAGAGGUACCCACCGGAACAUUCCAGCACAUUCGGCGCCUCGAAGAACUCCAGCUGGGCCAAAACAAGUUCCCAAGUCUGCGACCGCAGGCAUUCGAGUACCUCAAGCUGCUUCGUGCCGUGGACGUCAGCGGAUCGCCUUCGCUGCGCCUCGUAGCUAGAGGUGCUUUCGCCGAAAACGCGGACCUGGAAACGGUCGUGUUGACGCACAACGUGAACCUGAACCGCAUCGAGCCGGGCGCUUUCGACGGCCUUGCCAGGCUGAGGCGCGUCAGCCUCCGGGGCAACGCCUUCGGGUCCUUCGACGCGUCCUUACUCGACUGGGACGAACUCCAGGAGAUGGACCUGCGGGACAACCCCCUGGUGUGCAACUGCAGCGCCCUGUGGCUGUGGCAGUUAUGCGCGUCCCGCAACGCCACCAGCGCUCCGCUGACGGCCGACACGUGGCAGAUUCGCUGCGGCGGCGGUCCGUCGGCGCUCAAGGACAAGCUGGUGCGCGACUUGAGCGAGGGGGACUUGGGCUGCUACGACGCGGACGUCCGCAGGCACAUCAUCAUCGGCGUGGUGGCGGCCGGGGCCGUCUCCUUCGCCCUCAUCGUGCUGCUGGGGUUCCGCUUCCGCGAACGAGUGGCGGGCCUGCUGAAGAGUAAGUGGGGCAGCGGCGCCAAGGAGCCCCAGUACCACAAGACGAGCGGCGACGAGGACGCCACCAUCUGCCAGGCGGCCACGUCGCCCAUCAAGAUGAUUCCAGUGACGGAACUGUGAUAGCAGCGGCACACCGCCGUCGGACCUGUAGAGUUCCAAUCGCGGCUUUGUAAUAUUCCCACUUUGUACAUACGCACACGCGCGGACCUUUGAGGCGUCCUCUUGAGGCAGGCGGCGAGUCCUCAAGUUCCCUUCAAGAGGCAUUUUUUUCUGUGUUCCCCCGAGAAAAGCGCUAGUCGAGCACACGGCACGGCGAGCGGCGGUUUCCCGUUGCGCUUCGUCGUCGUCCGCAACGGUUCCCCUCGGCAGGUCCCCGGCGAGCGCAGUUUGCGAAAUGAGACGGCGCGGUUUUCUUAAGACGCUCAGUAAUUCGAGUGUUGCAUUAGCGAGUGUGCCCUUAAUUUAUUCCACAUGUUCGAGUCAGCGGAGCUUUGUUGCUCAACGAUCCUGGGCAUUCCCCACCUUCUUUCUAACUGUCUUCUCGGUUUUCUUGUUUUUGUUUAAGUUGACGUUUUUCGCUUUUUUUAGCCUAUGACUGUGUUAGUUCGUUUUUAGUUAUCUCUCUUUUUAUACUCGCCGAAAAGUUGGGGCGACAAGUACAGUAAUGUGUCUACUUUUUUUUUAUGGAAUAAAAUAAAGUAGAAUGGAACGCGGCAGAUUUUAAUUUUGAGUAACAAGUAGGCUGCUCAUGGCUGCUAUUUUUAUUUCUUUUUCACUUUCUCUUUUUUAUUUUUAGAUGGCCGAACUUGAGUGCAAAAUGAGGUAGCUCGGUGAUUGCCCCUUUUCUACCCAUAAAGCUUUAGACUUUCACGAGAAAAGAAUACCGCCACCGUACUGGGCUCUCAUCUGUCUUUGUUCUAUACCGUGGUGUCACUUUAAUUUUUUUUUGUGCACUUCCAUCGUACAAAUGUCCACAGGAGGGAUCGUUGCCAAAAUUUAGCACUUCGGAAGAAACCGCUUGCCAACCUUGUACGAAACUUGCAAAAAGAACCUAGCAAGAACAUUCCUUGACAUGUUUUUACCCUGUGUGUACUUGUCGUCUUUUUUGUUUUUCUUUUUCGUAAAUGUUGGUUUUAUUUUAAAUGCGCUUUCUUUGUAAGGCAGCUACUAUUUCUUUCGCGUUUUUUUUUUUCCUCAAAGGAACUUUAGAGUCUAUUGUUAAUAAAGUACGCGAGUGUGAACUUUAGUUUGCGAGAACAAAACUCUCCCAACGAGUGUACUUUUUGUUGUUUCUUUUUCUUCGGAACGAUAUGCAAUGAAUAAAUUUUUGAACGAAAA